UUUUUACGAGAAACUCAUUUUACUGUACAUGUUAAUUAAGAAAUCCAAGAGAAAUUAAAAACCACAUGAUCAAGGGUGUAUAGCAAUGUAUUUUUGUUCUAGAAAAAUGGGCACUUCGCAAGAAAAAAAUCCUGGUUUACAUAUGAUAAUAACUAAUGGUACAAUAAAAUAAUAUCAACAUCGUAAAUGUGAUUAUCAUUUCUCUCUCUCUCUCUCUCUCUCUCUCUCUCUCUCCAUUUAUCAAAGGUUGAACCCUUUCCAUUGAUUCCAAGUCAGUACUGUUAAGUUAAGAAUAAUUUGGAGGAAGAGACUGAUUUCUACCUGUAUGUUCCAUACGUGUGUCCCAACAAAAUUAGAGUAAUGCCCAAACUGUAAUGUUAUAAUUUCCCUCGUCCCAGCCAUUUCUACACACCAACUCUAUAGAGGGAGCUGUUUACAAGACGUGCUGCAAUGAUGCCCUUUGUUUGUGGGUCGGUUGCGUUGAGACAACUAACAAAAGUUAACGUUAAAUGUUUAGGUUGCACGAGGAGAAAUUACUUUUUGUGGAGCGAUACGAAACAAAUUUAAAUCAGUAGCAAGAGAAAUUGGCAAAAGUGCUCGGCAUUCAUUUUCGACUCACAACUGUCACUGUCACGCUCGUGGUCACUGUCAGACAGAUUAGCACCCUAAAAGCAAAACUUGCUAUUAAUUUUUUUUUUUUGCCUCACUAAUUUUGAUCAUCAUGCUUGUUCGCUUUUUUAAUCAAGAAUUUCGUUCUCUAAGGCUGGUUAUUAGCAUAAUUUAUGGACGUGUCUGAUGAUGCAGUAUAGAUUCAAACGAGUUUAGAUUGUGUCUGCGGUACGGGACAUUGUGUACUGUUAGUGUUUAUCACGCAAUGAAUGAUGAGGGGUUGUUCAGUGAUGCAGUGAAACAUCCCAGCCGCUAUUAAAUAGGCGAGCAGUUGGGUUUUUUUACAGUUAAUUUCUUCCUAGUUCACCAACUAGAAGGCAUGCAGGGUGAAUUUUGAAUUUUGAAGCCCAUCAGUAAAGGAUAACUGGAAAAAUUGGUUAAUUAUCAAGAAUGAAUCAAUUAGAUAAACAAAAAGCUGAAAGUUCAGUGUCUGGAAAACAAUUGCAGCCCAAAGUUUAUGUUACAAAAUGUGAAACAUUCAGUGCUUGUCACAGAUUACACAGUAACCAGCUGAGUGAUGAAAGCAACCAGAGUAUCUUUGGCAAAUGCAAUAACCCUAAUGGGCAUGGUCAUAAUUACAAAGUUGAAGUCACUGUGUAUGGACCGGUAGACCCUGUCACUGGCAUGGUUAUGAAUUUAACAGAUUUAAAAAAGUAUAUGCAGCUUGCCAUUAUGAAUAAUCUAGACCAUAAGAAUCUUGAUAAAGAUGUCCCUUUCUUUAAGGAUGUGGUAAGCACCACUGAAAAUUUGGCAGUGUACAUUUGGGAUCAACUUAGUUUGUUAUUGCCAUCUCCUGGACUACUCCAUGAAAUCAAAAUCCAUGAAACAGAGAAAAAUAUUGUCGUGUAUAGAGGAGAUCAUUGUUAACAGCAUUUCCUCCCCUGCAUUUUAAUGUAAUGUUUGUUGUAUAAAAGAGAUUUUUUAUAAAAUUACAAAUGGUAAUAGUUAUAGUAAAUACAUAUAUGUAAUUGUAAUUUUCUUUUGCAUAUAUGAGGUGUAUUAUGUAAGUAUUCAUACUAGUACCUAUAUAUGUGAGCACAAGUUAAGGAUUUGUACAAUUUUUUUGUGUAUAUCUCAGUGAUGCAGUCAAAUUUCAUAGAACUAUCAAUGGAAGACAGCACUUUAAAGUUUGCAUUAUUUUCACAAAUUCAUCUUUAAAACAUUUUUUAAUUUGGUCCUUUUGAUGCAAAGUUUAAUUCAGAUAUCAAUCCGUGUUCUGUGGAAACUGGAAACCUGCCCCAACUAUCCAAAUGCCUAUGCUGAAAAUGGCAAAAGGAAACUAUUGUGCGGGAGAUGUUAGAAAGUUUUUAUGCUGUUCUUAGUUUAGUUUCUGUUUUAGGAAACUGGACCAUAUGUGGUUCUUUGGUGAAAUAUUUUAUGACUAGAAAGUUUUUUGUUUUAAAAGCAUUUUUUAUGUAUUUUAUUUGCUUUCAUAUUAAUGAAAAAGCUCUAUUAUUUUAUACUGUCUGUCAAUAACUAAUGAAACACUUUGUUUUCAUUUAGAAUUUUUUAAAGCAAAUUCAUUAACAUGAUUGUCACAUGUGCUGCUGACAGAUUUUAAGCUAUGUUGACAUCAUUUGUGGUGAAAAAAAUAUCAAUCCCCUUAACAGCAUUCAAUUGCAAUAACUGUUUUAUUUUGUGUAUUUUAUAGAUAAUUGUAUAUAUACUGGGUGUAACCCAAGAAUGUGAACACCAUUUAUUUUGUUUUAAAAAAAUUAUAUACAACCCAUAUAUUUUAAUGAAAGCUAGAUAAGUUAGCAAAAUAACUGGUACAAACAAUGUCACUAAUUCUAGUGGCAAAAAUUAUUGUCACUUAAGUGGUCUCCUCAUUCUCUCCACCUUAACCCCCCAGAAUUUUAUUUGUGGGGGUGUUUGAAGGAAUGGGUGUACACAAACCCCCGCACCAUCCCAGAACAGCAAUCACUCUGGAAAUUGGACCUAUACAAAAAGAUUGCAUCAACGUCACUGAUAACUUUGCCCAAAGAAUUCAAGUGUCUUCAGCAGAACAGAGCACAUCUGGAGCACUUCUAUGAAUGAUGAUAAGACCUUAGCCAGUAUAAAAAUGUUCAUGUUGUUUGUAGCAGAUUUGCUAACUUUUCUUGUCUUUCAAAGUUUGUGGGUUGUAUAUGUUUUUUUCUGCAACUUAAAAAUUUUAAAGCUUCUUGUGUCAUUCUAUGAUUUAUGCUCAAGUACAAUCACUGCUACAGUAACAGUGUUGAUGUCUUAUAUUUAUGCUCUCAAGUACUUAUUAAUGUUAUGUUAUGCUGUGGUCUAUUGCAUUAAUAAUUGACUACGUACAAUUUGGUAAUUAUGAAGCGUGCAAGUGACAAACUGCCACAAUUGUGAAGAAUUUCUAUUUCUUUUUAGUAUGCCCAACUAGACAGUUUAAUUUUGAUAUUAAUUUAUGCAUGGAGGGGUUGGGCUCUAUAAUAAUGACUGACUGGUAAUCAAAACAUUUUAUGGAUUAAAGAUGUCUGAAAAUUGGGUGUGCUUUGAGAGUUAUGUGCAGAGGGAUAAGCACAAUAUGUGAGCAUCUACAAUUAUAUUUUGGAAUGUAUAACUUGAGCUCAUUUUUCUACAACCACUGCAUAUAUUUUUCGCAGGCAUUUAUGCUCGCUUCACCACGA